ACAUUCGUUCAGGUAGCUAGCGCUAGCGCUGGCCUAGUCUAUAUAUAUAUGCACAGUACAGCUACAUUGCAUCGCAUGUAACGCCGGGGUAUUAAACGCGCGCUAUAUAUGAUAGCCAGCGCGGCGCGAGGUAUAUUCCGUACAUACAGUUUCAUCAUGUCAUCCGGAUUUGAAGAUAGAUUAAAGCAACUGGAGAGCAUUGAAACAGAUAUUGCCUUAGUUGUCCAACAUGCAGGAAAAGUGAUACAAGAACUCUCCAAGGACAGGCCACUUGAGAAACAGGUUGACUCCAGCACCAAAACCUUUGCCAAGACACUGGAAGCUGUGGAGAAGAGACUCAUGGAGCAGAUAAAUUAUCUUUCACAGGUAUCAACGGGACAGCCCCACGAGGGAUCUAAUUACGCCGCCCAGAAAGAAGCUCAGAUGGCGAUACACAGACUGGAGCAUGCCAAGACAAAACUCGUAGAAAUCAAGAAAACGCUCACGGUUCCGCCAUCGGGAGUGUCGUCGUGAUGAAUGUCGUAGUAGUCGUUUGCAUGGACAUGUUAUGAGACUCCCCCAUUGGUGUAGCCAUGUCAGGCAUGUCAUACUGAGAGGAAGAGAGUAAGCCACGUCCCAUUAUCGCUAGAGACUGACAUCGUCGGUGAUGCAAAGUGAGCCGGCAAGUGACCAGUGUUGCCAUGCUGAUGUCAGCGCUGGUGUCAGGUCAUCUUGAUGAUACAUGAGCAUGCCAAGAACUAAGUAUUGAACAGUUUCAAAGGAUGAGAUGGAACCACUGAUAUUGCCAUCAGCCCUUUGUCUAUUUCAUCAUAUCCAUUUGAUAACUCCAGGGGCCUGUAACACCAAGUUUAGCAAUCAUUGUAUUGUAGUUGUCCUCAAUUAUUUUGACGAUUGAUUACAUUGAUUACAACAUACAAUUCUUUAUUAUCAUUAUUUGUUUGGCGUCAGCUGUGCCUGGGAGGCGAAAAGCGAACUGAAUCACUGACCCGCAGGUCUCUCCUUCGGAUAACUGAUUUGGGGGAUGGAGGCGGACCACUACACCGGGGUUUCCCCCCCCCCCUACUCUUAUUCGAAUAGUGCAGUGGGUUAUUAACGUGCAAAGGUGGUGACUCUCCUCUACAUGGGGCCUCCAGUUAACUUCCUAUCCAAGGGACAGUGUUUUUCACUGUAACAAAGCCUGCAUCUAUGGAACAGGGGAGAGAUGUUAACACACAAUGCAGGCUUCAGUCAUCCACCCGGGGUGGACUCUAACCCAUGACCAUUGGUUCGAUAGGCAGACGCUUUUCGGGACAGUGAUCUUCCAGAGUACUGGUAAAUCAAAACUGAAGUCCAUUUUGUUUUUUUUUUAAUUUGCCUUUGCAAAUCUUGCAAGUUUGUUAUAUCAUUUAAAAGAUUGAAAAAAAAAACAUUUCUCAAAAUUUCCUGAAAUUUAUGUAUGUACUUGUAGGUCUUUAGCUAGUAUAAGAAACCAUAACCUUAACCCUCACCCUAUAUUGUCCACAUUUUCCUUGAAAGUAUUUUAGUGUGGUGACUGGUUAAAAAUUACCAAGAAAAUGAGAAAUGUUCCCUUCUUUGUCAACUACAUAAAGAUUGAUUUCUGUAAAUUUCAGUUGACGUUAGACCUUACAUCAAUGUAUCCCUGUGGGACAAUAGUAAGCUGGAUCAUAUAUACAGGUGAAGCCAAUGAAAAUUUUGGCUUUUUUUUUUUACUUUUAACUUGUAAUCACAUGACAACUUUGCAGUACUUGUACGUAUACUUACACUACACUGGGUGAUUUCAAGUUCAGUGUCGACCUUUUGGUGUUGGUGUUGGGUCAAUUUUUACACGGUUAUAACACCAAACAUAAAAUGAAGGUGGUCCCGAAAAGUCACUCGCUGGUUGUUGAGAUGUCAAUUGUGUGAUCUGGAUCAGUUUUACAAACUCUGAAUAAGUUUUGGAACUCGGAGAAGCAAUCCAAAUUUCAACACCAACACCAAGGCCAACACCGGACUUGAAAUCACCCACUGCGUGUAACAUAGAUUUUACUGGUGAGAGUGUAGUAAAGGUGCAUACACACCAAAAAUGAUCUAUACACACCAAAUAUAGACUGGGACAAAUAAGUCACUCACAGUACAGAUGCAUAAUAACGGCAGGUUUUUCUUUCUUAUGAGCCGUAGGUAAUGAUGAUGUUCAUUCUCCUCGAAUAGCUUAAAUAAAUAAUUUCAUUUUCACUUGUCUGUGAACUGUAAUGUAUUGACCAAUGUCCUUGCUGUAUUUGGUAUGCAUGCAGGUGCCUUUAGUUGCUCUAAGCUCCUUUUGACCACCACCCCCC